AUGGAAGUCGGAAGAAGUGGUGGUGUUUUAAGUGGCAAAAACCUUAGUGCAUUGAUCGGCUUCAUUGAUCUGCUAAUUAAUAAUUUACCACUAAAUUCUAUCACCGAAGUUCAAGGCGUUAAUCAGACAUUGGCAUACAGUCAUUAUGCAGUUGCUUUGCUAAAGAAUAUGAAGACAUUCUUUGAAGAACGUAAACAUCUUGAUGAAAUUCAACUGUCUGAUUAUCAGGGUGAAUUUGCUCGACGAGAAGCUGAAUACUUCAAUCCAUUCCCUAUAAAUGACGAAUGGGAACAUUGUGCCGGUUCUACUCCCCAGUUUCGUGGAUAUACCUGUGGUCUAUGGACUCUUUUCCAUGCAAUUACUGUUCAAGCUUAUAAGAAUGGUUUUGGAAGAGAAGAUUUUGAACCGCUUGAAGCUUUGUACGCCAUACGAGAUUGGGUUAGUGAGUUCUUCGGUUGCAAGUAUUGUCGAGAUCAUUUCCUCAAGAUGACAAUGAAAACUUUUCCAAUUGAAACUCAUGUGGAUGCACCAGAAGAUGUUUAUGUUUACCUUUGGAAAGCUCAUAACAUUGUAAACGCACGACUACGUAGUCGGGAUACUGAAGAUCCAGAAUUUCCAAAAUAUCAGUUUCCACCACAUUUCUUGUGCCCAAGGUGUUCUAAAGAUAGCGUAGUAGAUGAAGAUCAAGUAAAACACUUCUUGGUGGACUACUAUUCAUUCAUUAAACCAUAUCGAAAAACUUCAAUGUCACCAACGGCCUUUCGCCGUCGUCUAUAA